GUGGGUGGUGGAGGGCUGCUGUUGACAUCAGGGGCUGGGCGGUACGCUGUGAGGCGGUCCGAUGCGAGGAGCCACCAGCCAGCCAGUGCAGUCUGGCUCCCGCAGCAUCAGCAUUACCACGCAGCAGCUCCUCCUCUCCUGCUCCCUGAGUCGCGUUUGAUCCGUUAUCUUCACACUACAUACUGCCGCAGGAGACCCCACCACCCACUCCAUAGGAAACCGAGGGAUUAUUCGGAGAAACAUGGUGAAACUCGGAAGUAAUCUUCAAGACAAAGGGGCCAAGCCGGUGAGCGUGGAGGAUGGUUUCCAGAACGUGCCCCUCAUCACUCCGCUGGACGUGGGCAGCCUCCAGUGCCAAGCACCUGACAAGGUGGUGGUGAAGACUCGCACGGAGUUCCAGACAGAGAAGAAGAGGUUGAAGCCCCCAAAGGUGGAGGAGUUCACCAUCAGCUUCACGGACAGCGUGUCGGAGCGACUCAAGGUCACCGUUCUGAUCAUCCUAGCCCUGGCCUUCCUGGCCUGCAUCGUGUUCCUGGUGGUGUACAAGGCCUUCACCUACGACCACGCCUGCCCUGAUGGAUUCAUCUACAAGCACAAGCGCUGCAUCCCGGCCUCGCUGGAGGCCUACUACGCCGCCCAGGACGCCAACUCCAGGGGCCGCUUCUACACGGUGAUCAGCCACUACAGCAUGGCCAAGCAGACCACCUCGCGCUCCAUCUCCCCCUGGAUGCCCGGAGGCGGCGGUGCGGGCGCGGUGGCCGGGGCGGAGCACCACGACCCCAAGCCCCCCAACGCGAACUAGAGCGGCUAAACGGGGGGAAAGGGGAACCAUUUUAGAGGAGAACCGGCCGAGUUAGCGUUCAAAAUACAUGGAGGUAGUGUUUUCAUUUGUUUUUGAUUGUUUUUUUGAUGGGCUGCUAAUUAUUGAUUAAUCACCCAUUUUAUUUGGGUUACUUGAAAUAUAGAAUCAAUGACAUUGUGUUGUUUAACAAGCAUUUACCCGUGUACUUACUGAAUGAUAUUAAUAUUGAAUCAAUAGUUCUCCUUGAUGAGUUCAACUGGGUAAAUUCAUAUUUAAAAAUGAUGCACGUAAUCAAUGUCAAUACUAAAUAAGAACAUAAGCCUACUCAGGCUAAGGCCUGCAAUCGUAAAAUACUGUAUAACAUUUAAUGACUGAAGUGAUUAAAUAACCAUGUAAUUAACGGCUAUGGAAGGUUGUUAAUUGAUAGAUCAUACAAUAUAAGUAUAUAAAAUUGAAAAAAAGUGUAAAUGAGUAAUUAGCAGCCUGCAUUACCGAGAUGAAUAAAACACACGUUUAACAAAAGAGACGCGUUCAUAUAGAACAUUAAUGCGCACAUACAACUUUAUAUAUUACAAAUGCAUGCACAUUUAAACACACACACACACACACACACACAAACACGUGAGGGGGAUCACAUCUUCCCAUCGAGAAUAACAUUGCCUGCUGACACACAUACACAGACACACAAACACACACACUGAACCAAACUAUUCUCCAUGGUUUCUGAUCCCUGUUGUCCAACUAUGAGUUUAUUUAAUGUCUAUAAUAUUUGUUUCCUGUAAUGUGUGGAUGUUUUAUGGUCCACUAAAGAAGCAUGAAUCAGUGCUGGAUUUCAGUUGGUCUCUUAGAAGUAGGAUUCUGCAGAGUGAGUCGUUUGAAGUGUUUUUUGGUGUACAAUUCGUAUGUUUAUUUAUAUUUAGAUUAAAUCUAGUUCCCAAAUGUACAAUAUCAGAAGACAUAUUGAUAAAAAGACACUGUCCAAUCUGUUUUCGCCCUUCAGCUAAGAUACUUACCUGUGCAGUCUUGUGUUAGUGUUGGCCAUCUUUACAUUCUUGUUAAAAACCUGAUCAAACGUUAUCGUCAAACCCAAUGUCAGACAUCACCCUCCCUGUCCCGUGGGCUCGUCUGAGCUCAGCGGGCCGUAAGUUUAACGCUCAAGCUAGUCCAGAUUUCCCCAAGUUCCAUACUAAAGCGUCCGAUCUCCAAAAAGCCCUCCAGUUGUACAUAAUCAGAGCUUCAGAUCCCCACCCGUUUCAUGACAGGCUAGCUUGUUCUUUUUCAAGAGCGACUGCUUUUAGCUUUUGACCUGAGUUGCUAAUCUGGGGCGUGACAGACAGAGAGGACCCGCCCCCAUGCAGGGGAAAGAGAGGCCCUCACCCUCCGUCACCGGGCCCCUAAAGCUCCUUCAGUUCUGCUCAAACGGCGCCCACCUGCCAGGGCAAGCCUCAGGCUCUGCUUUGUUGUUUCUUUUGAUUUCAAGUUUUAGGUUCUGAGUUGUCAUAUUUUGAAUGGGUUUUCACAGACGCUUUUCUGAGAUAUCGUAAUGUUGUUAGGCGAGUUGAUAUGUAGCGAGUAGUGUUAUCUAUCAGUGUGCAUUCCUGUUCCCACACAAGGUUUUUGGAAUUCAAAAAUAAAACAAAGCUGGGAUCUGUU